CCUUCUCCACCUGUUUGCCCCCAUCUUUUUCCCAUAAGGAAAGGGAAAAAGAAAAAAGGGUUUCACAAUAUAAACCCCUAUAUAUAUAUCUCCACAUUCACCACUUCCUCCUCAACAAAUUCUAUAACUUUUUCUCAAUUACAUCUUCUUCAAUGUCUGGCGUUUGGGUGUUCAAGAACGGCGUGGUUCGACUCGUGGAGAACGCGGGAGAGUGCCACAGCAAGAAAAUGCUAGUCCAUGUGACCUCAAAUGAGGUGAUUGCAUCAUAUGCAGUGUUGGAGAGGAAGCUAUUGCAGCUUGGUUGGGAGAGGUACUAUGAUGAUCCUGAUCUGCUGCAGUAUCACAAGAGAUCAACGGUUCAUCUCAUCUCUCUCCCAAAAGAUUUCAACAGGUUCAAAUCCAUGCACAUGUACGACAUCGUCGUCAAGAAUCGAAACGAGUUCGAAGUUAGAGACAUCUAAGUUUCUAGGGUUUGAUUUUGUGUGUGUUUUUGUUUAAUUAAACUUUGUGUGUGUGUGUGUGUGCGUGUGUGUGUGUUAGGGGAUGAUGCUCUAUUGGAUAUAACUAAUUAAGUUUUUAGGGUUUUAAUUUUUCCCUCUCUUUGUUUUGGUGUGAAAAUGGAUGCAAAUGUAGUAUUUGUAUUAUGUCUUCUUGAUUUGGGGUGAUGUGUUGCAAGAGAAAUGGAAUAAGUGGUUUGGAUAUAUUGUAGGAAUUUAAAAAGUAGUGUAAUGUACAAGGUUGUCUAGUUUGGAUUUUUCAAGCUAUAUUAAAGAGAGUGAUUUUUUA